AUGGAGAUAGACGAACAAAAUCAUGGAAAACAUUCUACCGAACAGAAAGAUGAAAAUACUGUCAUUCCUAGUACUGCCGUUGUUGUGGAUCAGAGUGACAGUACAAACUUCGCCAACACAAUGAAAGAUAGUUCUAUAAGCAAUUUGAACAUAACUCAAUUGGAUCUUACGAACACCUGUCUUAACGAUGAGUGUAUUAAUCAUUUAUGUCAUAUGCUUCGAGAGAAUACUUUUAUAACUAAUCUAAAUUUAUCCGAAAAUCACCUAACUUCUAAAUCAGCUGAGUACCUUUGUGAAACACUCGCGUUAUCAACAGAACUCUUGCAACUAAAUUUAAGGAAAAAUUUAUUCGAUGACAUUUCGGGAAAAUUUUUUUCAGAAUUGAUUACGACUACACGAAAAUUGAAGUAUAUGAAUAUUUCUUAUAAUGAUUUGGGUGAAUUAUCUUGUCAAUAUAUUGGAAAAGCCUUGCCACAAGCGACAACGUUAACAGAAUUCGAUUUAAGUUGGAAUAGAUUGGGAAGGGGGAAAAUGAAUAUUUUUGGUAAAGGUCUAGCUGAAAAUAUUAAUUUGAAACAUCUCAACUUAUCUGCCAAUGGAAUCGGUCCAAAGAAAGGAUGUACAGAUUUAGCUUAUGCAUUGAAAAAUAACCUAACACUAGAGACAUUAGAUUUAAGGGACAAUAGAAUAAAUCCAGAAGGUUCUGUAUUGUUAAGUAAAGGCUUCUAUGUGAACUCAACGUUAACUUGUUUACGAAUGGCAAGAAAUCCAAUGCAAACUGCUGGUUGUUAUGCUAUUUUAACAGGAGUUCUAAAAAAUCCAAACUGUGGAUUGUUGGAACUUGAUUUACAGGAUAUUAUAGUAAAUCAAGAUUUUCUUGAUUUACAAGAUUCAGCUCGAAUUAAACUUCCAAAUUUAUGUGUAAGAUAUGGCCAAGCAACAACUGAUAAAAUUCGGGUACUGUCACCACGUUUUAAAAGAUCUAAAUAUAGUCCAAAAGAAAUAUUGAUCAUAAUGGGACGUUCAACAAAACAGAGUUUAGCUGAUCUAUUACGUCCUUUGGAUAUUGUUGGUAAUAAAACUAUUACAAGACAACUGUUCGUGAAAAUUCUAAAUAUUUACAUGACGAGGCUUGGAAUACAAUUUACUGAAGAACAAAUGAAAGUAUUAAUGCAAGAAUUAGAUCCAAAGAAUCUAGAAGAGGUUAACUUUACAGAUUUUGAAUUAUAA